UCCCACCACAAUGAUUGCCAUUCAAAUCGCCCGCCCGACCAUCCGGCAUUUCUCUGUGCACCGUCCUCGACCAGACACUCGCACCUCCCGCUUCAUCACCAGCUCGUGUCUCUUCUCGGCGGUGGUUCUCCCCUUUGUGCCUCCAGCACUGGAAAGUUCUCGGGAAAAGAGCAAAGGCUACCCCAACCACAACAAGCCACACCCCCCACUCUGCUCGCAUGCUCGCUAGACCGGAUAUAUCCGUUCGGAUUUAAUUUUAAGCCUACUACAAGUGGGGCCAUACUUGCAGCGCGUACAUCACCCAACUACGAGAACCGCUCAUGUUAUCACGCCAUCCCUCGAUUUUUUUUUUCCCUCCUAUCGCAUCAUUAAUUUCCUUGCUCUUUUCGGGCGUACCGGUGCCGGCAUAUACCUUUUCAACUCUGUCUCAAACGACAUUUUCGAGGGAGUCGCAUUAUGAGAAACCCCCCAUAUUCAUUUUCAGGGGGCAAUUGGGAGUUGUCUGGCGUCUCGCUUACGAACUUUUAAUAUUCCUUUUGUGCUGGCGUGCUUCCUGUGGCUUUAGGGGUCUCACGAUGACAAUGCAGAUCGUGUCUAGCGGGGCUUGCUUUGCCUGAUUGAGGGGACAAUUCUGGACAGGUUCCAGGACCAUGCUCGCUCGCGGGACGAUGUUUCUUUCGUCUUUCCUGCGGUCUUUCUUUUAAAAUCACUACUUCAACUCCAUCACUCGGUGGAAUGUUUAGCGCUAAGCUAGGUAGUGAAUAAUGAUGAUUACGACGAUGACAUAGCUUCCUACCGGCAAUAUAAUCUUGGUGUUCUUAUCAAUCGACGUUCUGCUGCGAGGAACGUCAGGCUCGAUUCAGUAAGAGUGGAGUUAUAUCGAUCAACGCGACACUU